AUGCUCGAUUCAAAUUCAGCUGAACGUCGACAAGAUCUCUUUCAAACAAGUAGCGGAGUUGGUCAUCAAUAUCGACCAGGAUAUUAUUUUCCUUCAUCAAACUUUCGGCGAGUAUUUACUGACCCAUUGCCACCUCGACUUCGAUCGGCUGAUGAAGUUACACCUGUACAACAUUACAAGACAACAAAUGCGAUCUAUCACGAUAAUAAAUAUCCUCAACAAGAAAUCUAUAACGACCAAAUAAACAUACACAAGAAAGCACCUGCGUUAUGGAAAGUUAAUUAUAUGAGUGACUUUGUUGAAAAACUUAAAGCGCAUGGCUGGAGUCACCCGUUAACAAUGGCUCAUCAAAAGAGUGAAUACAAGGAAGAAUACGAUUCAAAACCAAAUAUGAAAUCCGAAUUAGAUCGUAUUGAUGGUCAGUUGCCAUAUUUAACACGGCCCGAUGCACCUGUGACUAAAGCCAUACGUGAGGAUGAUCGGCAAGUAAAACCACCCUCGAUUGCACGUACAUGGGAUCCAUCAGAACAAGGCGUUUUCACUCUUCUGGAUCCAUACUUAACAACCUAUAACAAAGAACAUCGUCGCUGGAGAAAAGAUGAAUGGCAAGGCAUUGGCAAAAAAGAUCCGUUGACCUAUUGGGAUGCAGAAGAAUAUCCUAAAUCAAGAGGUUUUGGCAAUUCACCAAAUCCACUACCAAUUGAUAGUGUUGAACGGGAGCAAUUGCCAAUGCGUGAUGCGAUUUGGUUUUCGACACCAACAAAAAUCCGACAAGUUCAUCAACCUGCACGUAUAAUUCCUCAUUCAGGUCUUACAACCGAAACUCGUGAACAAUUCGUUGCUCCAAGUCAUGUCAAUGCUAAAGAUACCAAAUAUUGUCCGAUCGACACGCCUUUUCAUCAACCAGCACCAGGCUCAACGUCAACAUAUGCUACUUCGGCAAUGUACCGAACAGAUUCAAUGAAUUAUGGUAGUGAAAAGCCAGUUACGCUGUCGGGAUUAUAG